UCUUUUCUUGUACAUCGCCGGCAGUAUUCGGAGCAGGUGGGCGGUGCAGACCCCUGAAGAUCCAGUCUGAAGCCAGCCUGCGGUUACUAACCUGAAGAUACGAUAGGUCAGGUGGUGCUAUCGAGGCGGUGACACAUUUUGUAUUUUAUUUUUGGUUUUUACCGGAAACAAGCUACAGGCACAGAUAAAGACCGUAUGCGAUGAACAGGCCUUCUUUGUCUGCAAAGCCUCUGUGAAUGCAAAAGAAGGAACAGACAACAAUAGUUUAUUUCUUCAUUACAAUAUUUCUUUAUUUUUUUUUUUCUUUUUCUUCGGAAAACAAGUAGGAUUUACUUCCUGGCCUUUCAGUCUGAGACCCUUUGUGCUCAGAUUUAGCCCCUUGAAGGACACUACUUACAUACAGACUGGUAUUAAGUCCGUUACUGAGACACAACAGCGGCUGUGGACUAUGCGUAAACAUCCUCUGAGCAGCUCAGGAUCUGCUGAUGAGUCUGCAUGGACUUACUGCCGGGGAUGACAUCCAGAGAGAGGUGAUGCAAUCUGGUGAAAGCUGUCACUUUUGAUUUGCAGCUGAGGCCUCGCUCGACGCAUCUGCGGUAGUAGGCUGUGUUUACAUGACAACGGACAGGAUACGACUGAAAGGACUGGGAACAAACACAUCACAGCACUGAAGGCCAGUACUCAUCCACAUACGCUGGUCACGCCGGUUUAUUUGCCGGUAGAUGCUCUUUACUCUGACGCUCUUCCUGUGGAGGCUCCACCGACGUUUCUCCAUCAUGUUCAGCUCAGACAGACUCACGGUCCCGGAUUAUGUCAGCCGGCUGCAGAGAGGGAGGAGCGGGUCCGGCUCCGACCCCAGAGCAGUCUCCCCGGGCAUCAACGCCGACGUCCAGGCGAGUUUGGACACCUCACUCCCCGCCCUGCGCUCCGCCAUCAGGAGGCUGAAGUCAGGCAAGGAAAGCGCUGAUUCAGACGAGAUCCGCAGAGCCAUCGCGGAGAUCUUUCAGCUGGUGGAGGAGGCCUGGAUCCUGCCCACUGUGGGCCGUCAGGUGGCCGAGGAGAUCUGCAAAAGGAUCCGGCUGGAUGGAGGCCUGGAGUUGCUGCUUCAACUCCAGCAGACACCUGCUGUGGAGAUCACCUAUGAGUCUGCAAAACUACUGGAGCAGAUACUGAUCUCAGAGAACAGAGACUAUGUGGCUCGUAUGGGUCUGGGGGUCAUCCUCAACCUGACUCGACAGCAGGAAGACGCCCAGCUCGCUCGCAGUGUCUCUGGGAUCCUGGAGCACAUGUUCAAACACACCGAGGAGACGUCCGUCCACCUCAUCUCUAACGGUGCCCUGGAUGCCCUCCUCUUCUGGUGCCGGGGUACAGAUCCCACUGUGCUGCGGCACUGCGCUGUGGCCCUAGCUAACUGUGCCAUGUACGGGGGCCACCGCUGUCAGAGGUGGAUGAUCGAGAAACAGGCAGCUGAGUGGCUUUUCCCACUGGCUUUUUCCAAAGAGGAUGAACUUAUUCGCUUCCAUGCAUGCCUGGCUGUGACUGUGUUAGCUGCAAACAAAGAAAUUGAGAAGGAGGUGGUGAAAUCUGGGACCUUGGAGCUGGUGGAGCCGUUCAUUGCAUCUUUGGAUCCAGAUGACUUUGCUCGCAGUUUACUGGACAGUGCGGACUGCAUGCAGGGGAAGACAGCAUCCGAUCUGCAGCACCUCUUACCAUUGCUGGAUGGCACAAGACUGGAGGGAAAGUGCAUUGCAGCCUUUUACUUUUGUGUUGAGACCAGUAUCAAGUCUCGUCAGCGCAACACUAAGAUAUUUCAAGAGAUCGGAGCGGUGCAGAGCCUAAAAAGAAUCGUCAUGUACUCCAGUAAUGGUACAGCCUGUGUCCUCGCUAAGCGGGCGCUGAACAUGAUGGGAGAGGAAGUGCCAAAACGUAUCCUGUCAUGUGUUCCCAACUGGAAAACCUGUGAGGUGCAGACAUGGCUGCAGCAGAUUGGAUUCAGUGCUUAUUGUGACCGUUUCCUGGAGCUUCAGGUGGACGGAGACCUCCUGCUGAACAUCACAGACCAGGAUCUGAGCAGUGAUCUGGGCAUGACUGCAGGCCUCACCCGAAAAAGGUUUCUGAGAGAUCUGCGCGUGUUGAAAACAUACGCCAACUACGCCACAUGUGACCCAAACAACAUGGCCGACUGGUUAGUUGAAGUGGACCCUCGUUUUAGACAGUACACCUACGGUCUGGUCCAGUCAGGCGUGGAUCGCAACAACGUCCAGCACCUGACCGAUCAGCAGCUCCAGCACGACUGCUACGUAGACAACGGAGUCCACAGAGCCAAGAUACUGUCUGCUAGCCGCAGACCUUUAAAACCAUGCCUCACAGAUGCCCAGCCUCCAGGGCCCGACGUGUUCAUAAGCUACCGUCGGACAACUGGCUCCCAACUGGCCAGCCUUCUGAAGGUCCACCUGCAGGUUCGAGGAUACAGCGUCUUCAUAGACGUGGAGAAGCUGGAGGCCGGCAAAUUUGAGGACAAACUGAUUCAGAGCGUACAGCGAGCACGUAACUUCAUCCUGGUCCUGUCCGCCAGCGCGCUCGACAAGUGCAUGGGUGACAGUGCCAUGAAGGACUGGGUGCACAAGGAGAUAGUCACGGCCUUGGCUUGUAAGAAGAACAUAGUCCCUGUCACAGAUAAUUUCAUGUGGCCGGACCCCAUGUCUCUGCCAGAGGACAUGAGAGCAAUUCUCAACUUCAAUGGCAUCAAAUGGUCCCAUGAAUAUCAGGAGGCCACAAUUGACAAGAUCCUUCGCUUUCUGAAAGGACCACAAGACCAAAUUGACGGCCCAGACGCCUCCAAAGGACAGAAAAAGAAAUAAACUGACAUAAACAGAGUUUGAACUCAGCUACAAUAACUUUUCAUGAUGCCAAAUUCCACAUGGCCUAUGGUGAACCGGCCGGCAGCUUCCCCUGCUCUGGCCAAAUGCAUGUGAAGUGAAUUUGAAUAUGUUUAGAUUACAUGCUCACAUGAAGACCUAAUAUAAAUAGACCCAAUAUAUGGCAAACAGUAAAUGAAAUAAAAAAAAAAAAAAAGGGAGUUCAGAUUGUAUAUAAAUAAACUCUAAGCCUU